AUGGCUAGGCAAUUCAAAUACGAUUGGGUUCAAGGUCAACAGCACCCUGAGCAUCGAUUUGUGGGGGAUCCGGAUGACUAUGACAAUGAGUUGGGAUUUGAUCCCGCUCGUUAUGAACUAUUUCAGGGUAUGCAUCCUGGUUACGAACUAUUCCAAGUGCUUGACAUGUUGAGAUUUUUCUUGGCUCUUGACAACGAGAUCAAAUCCCAACUCAUCGUCAUAGUUAUCUGGAUCCCCCCCCCCACAAACCAGUGCUUAGGGAGUUGUUGA